UUGUGAGCAGAUGCGUUUCGGAGGAGGUUGGCUGGUGAUCUAUCAGCAUCACAAUCACAAAGAGAACUUCAACCGAAGUUGGAUUGAAUACCGCAACGGUUUCGGAAGUCUCGAUGAUGAGUUUUGGAUGGGUUUAGAAAGGCAGCAUCAGCUUACAUCUUUGGGACCAUAUGAGAUGCUAUUGGAGGUAGAAGAUUUCGAUGGGAACUACUUUUAUGGGCGUUAUAAGAGGUUCGAGAUUGGCAGCGAAACCGAGGACUACAUGCUGAAGAAAAUUGAAUACAAUAACGGAACUGUUGAGGAUUCGGUGAACAUGCAGGAGGGCUUGAAGUUUUUAACCUACGAUCGGGACACCGAUGGUCAGAAAAACUUUGCCGCUCAAUACGGGGAAGCAUGGUGGUGGUUGAUAUCGGAUUCAUACGAAGAACAGCGGGUACAGGUGGUUUUCUCGCGAAUGAUGAUACGAGAAAUAAUCGAGUAAGCACUGUUGUUUGUGCUCCAAUAUGUUGCAGAGAAAUAGAAUAAAUCAUAUUU